UUUGACAAUCAACUCAAUGUUUGUUUUAUUUCUUAUUAGCUGCAAUCAAAAAGUUAUGGACCCAGGACGUAGUGCUCAAGAAAGUCGACCCUCUCAAGAGCCCACAAUAUGGAUUAUGGGGGACAGCUACGUCCGGCGUGGGCGCGACAGAGCCGCGGAGACACUGGGGAUGAACCUGGGGCUGCCCGCUCAAAUUCAGUGGUUUGGCCAGGGAGGUCUUCGGUGGGACCGCUUGGUCCCCACAUUCAAGCAAGAACUAAGAAGAAGGUCCGCCCCGGCUGUCCUGCUCAUCUGUUGCGGCAGCAACGACUUGGGAAAGAUAAAGAGCGUGGAGCUGGUCGCAACGAUGAAGCGGGACCUGCUGGACCUCCACAGGCAGUUUCCAUGUAUGAAGAUCUUCAUAUCAGAGUUGUCUGAGCGACGCCUGUGGAGGGACGCCAAGCCUGGGCGGAUAAACCGAGCCAAAAACUUUAUUAAUCAUGUAAUGAGGGACUUCAUUGUUGGACUUGGGGGGUGCAUGAUUCGUCAUCCUACCAUAAAGUUUGACUGCCCUGGCCUAUUUAACCAGCACGCAGAGGACGGCACGGAACCGCUCAGCGAUGUCUUUACUGCUGUUGGCUGCUGCUGUUACCCGAACUCAGAGCUUCUGGGCUGA